AUUAGCUCUAGCCGGCAAGUCGGGAGGGGAGUGACAAGCUCCGGGAGCGCCCGCGCUGGCCAGCGCCGCUGGGCCGGCAUCCACGCCCACCAACGCCUCCACCCCACCGCCGCCGCCGCCCGUCGCCAUAACAACGGCCCCCGCCCACCCGCCUGUCAGCGGGCCCGGCCGGCUCCGGCCGCUGGCCCCGGGCGCGUGGAGAAGGCGCCCCGCCCUGAGCGCCCCGUAUCCGGCCGCUGCGCACCCCCACCUCUCCCGGCGCUUCCAAGCGCCACGCAAAGGCGCCCCCUCCCGCCCGAGGAGGGAAAGCCCUGGUGCCCCCAGCCUUGACUCCACAAUAAAGCUCCUCAAGGACUAGGGCUCUUCCGCGAGCUCCCCAGCGCCCUGCACCUGCCAGGGUUCCUGCCCGCACCUGCCCUUGCUCGACUCCAGGGCGCUUGGCGGCGGGGGAGUGUGGCUUGGCCGCCAAGUGCGGCGCCCCCGCGUCCAGGGCUCGGCGCUCCCGGGGAGGGGAGCGGGACAUCCCCGAAGGCGGCAGCGCGGGAGGCGGGGAGGCGGCCGGGGCGCGCGGGGAGGGCGGGGAGCUCGCGGGAGGAGGCGGGGUGGGGGGAGCGGGGCGGGCGGCGGGGAGGGAGCAGGAGCGAGGCAAGAAAGUAGCAGAAAGUGAGGCUGGCAGGCGGCGGCAAAGGAGCAGGCGAGCAGCGGCGGCAGGAAGUCUCCGACCGAAACGAGCAGAAAUAAGAGCCAGGGAGGGACCGCGACAGCGGCGGCGGCGAGAGCGAAAGAGGAAACUGCAGAAGAGGAAGCUCUGCGGCAGCCCCGAGCCUCCGGCCCCGCGCCCGGCAUCCCCGCGCGCCCCUGCGCCCGCGCCGCGCCCCCGGCGCCCCCUCCCCAGCGCGCCCCCGGCCGCCCCGCCGCGCCGCGCUCGUCUGCCAUGGCCCGGGAGAACGGCGAGAGCAGCUCCUCCUGGAAAAAGCAAGCCGAAGACAUCAAGAAGAUCUUCGAGUUCAAGGAGACCCUCGGGACCGGGGCUUUUUCUGAAGUGGUUUUAGCCGAAGAAAAGGCAACUGGAAAACUCUUCGCAGUGAAGUGCAUCCCUAAGAAGGCGCUGAAGGGCAAAGAAAGCAGUAUAGAGAACGAGAUCGCCGUGCUCAGGAAGAUUAAGCAUGAAAACAUAGUGGCCCUGGAAGACAUUUAUGAAAGCCCAAAUCACCUGUACUUGGUCAUGCAGCUCGUAUCCGGUGGAGAGUUGUUUGAUCGGAUAGUGGAGAAGGGAUUCUACACCGAGAAAGAUGCCAGCACUCUGAUCCGCCAGGUCUUGGAUGCUGUGUAUUAUCUCCACAGAAUGGGUAUCGUGCACAGGGACCUCAAGCCUGAAAACCUGUUGUACUACAGUCAAGAUGAAGAGUCCAAAAUUAUGAUCAGUGACUUUGGAUUGUCAAAAAUGGAGGGCAAAGGAGACGUGAUGUCUACUGCCUGUGGAACCCCAGGCUACGUCGCUCCUGAGGUUCUGGCCCAGAAACCCUACAGCAAAGCCGUUGACUGCUGGUCCAUCGGAGUGAUUGCCUAUAUCUUGCUGUGCGGCUACCCUCCCUUUUAUGAUGAAAACGACUCCAAGCUCUUCGAACAGAUCCUCAAGGCGGAAUAUGAGUUCGACUCUCCCUACUGGGAUGACAUCUCUGACUCCGCAAAAGACUUCAUUCGGAAUCUGAUGGAGAAAGAUCCAAAUAAAAGAUACACCUGUGAGCAGGCCGCUCGGCACCCAUGGAUCGCUGGUGACACCGCCCUCAACAAAAAUAUCCACGAGUCCGUCAGCGCCCAGAUCCGGAAGAACUUUGCAAAAAGCAAAUGGAGACAAGCAUUUAACGCCACAGCCGUCGUGAGGCAUAUGAGAAGGCUACAUCUCGGCAGCAGCCUGGACAGCUCGAACGCAGGUGUCUCAAGCAGCCUCAGUCUGGCCAGCCAAAAAGAUUGUGCGCCUGGAACCUUCCACGCUCUGUAGUUUCAUUUCUUCUUCGUCAGGGGUCUCAGGAGUCGGAGCCGAGCGGAGACCCAGGCCCACCACUGUGACAACAGUGCACACUGGAAGCAAGUGACCGGCUCUGGAGGUGGGAACCAGGGAGCGGGGCCAGGGAAGGGGAGCCCUGGACCACCAAGACCCCUCUCUGCCUGGUGCACCUUCCUGCAUAGGACUGGAAGACACAAGUUUUUUUAUGGCCAUAUUUUAUACUGCAAUUCUGAAGUGUUCAUUUCUCACAAACUCUGCUGACUCAAGGGGAGCUGAAUCAAUAGGAUCUGGUGCUGUACAUAUGAAUCUUGCAAAGCUCUAACUGAAUGGACCUUCUUCCUCCCCCAAGUCCGCCAUUUCCACUCUUCUCAGCGUAGGCAACCAUCUAGGGUGUAUUUUUUCAUGAAAAAAAUGGUUUCAACUGGAUUAUUUAAAUAUUAGUAAAUAUUGUGCAUUAGGAUUUUGUUUUCCUUUUAAGAAGUAUGUGUUCUUGAUCUGUAUCUCUCAGUUACAUGACCUAUAUCGUUUGCUCUUCAAUAGUAAUUUUAUGUUAACCUUUAAGAGAUUUUUUUUUUCUUCCAGAGGGAAUUUUAAGGUAUUUUCUAAAAUUCUUAUAAGAGGAUCGAGAAUCUGUCUCCAAGGCUAUGAGUGCACUUUACUUCUCUUUCUCUAGAGGGGCAGUUCUGGGGGGUUGGGAGGAACCUGCAGAAAACUUAACCUAGCAGCUCCUCCAGCAAAACCCACACCAACCACAGCAGAAAUGAAGACAUCUACUGCCCGGAGACCCAGGCUCAGCUUCGCAGGCUGACUUUACCCAGUCAGUGAGAUGCCCACGAUGCCAAGAUUUAGGAGCCUCCCUUACCAAAGGGCAAGCUGCUGCGUGGUUUAAAGUGAACCCAUGCAUGGCCCUCUUUUCCCACGAGGGAUAAACAGAUGAAACUCUGAUCUCAGCUAUGCAGUUUUAAAAUUAAUCUCUCUUUGUUUUUUUAAAAAACACAUUUCUAAUCUUAUACUUAAAAUGGCCUCCAACACUCACAAGUUGCUUCUCCACAUUUUUACCCUGUUGUUUUAUGAAUGUUAUCUGAGGGAGGAGAGGGUAACAGCCCUGAAGAAGAAACCGUUGAUCUGGGGUGAUGAGAAGAGGUGACUACCAAGCGUGCAGGACACGGGCCACCAUGGAGACAUUCAGAGAUAGCCCAGCUGGUAUGUGACACCAUCCCUCUCAUCAGUGAAACCGGAAAUCAAAAAUGUCCUGAAGGAUUUCCCAGGAUGUGGAACUCUUAGUGAUAAAACCAGGACUCUCCAAGGAGACUAGACCACAAGGUGUACCCAUGGAGUGGAUAGGUGUGCAGGAGAGAGCAAGCAGUGUGCAAUGAAGGCACACUCUCAGGAAGCUCCCUGUAGACCCAAGCAGGUGGCUCCGAGUCUCACUCUGCCUUUGUGCCCAUCUGAUGGCCCUGGCUCAAUCCUGCAGUCAGCUUGAGCCCACUGAGGGUGUCCCAGGAGGUCCACCUGAUGGUCCAGUGGCUGUCCUGGGCUCAUCCCCCUCUCCUGUGGAUGGCCAGUCAUGGAAGGUCCUGUUGGGCAAGCCAUCUUUGUCACUUCCACAUUUUUGCCUAUUUUUAGUGCUGUGCUGCACAGCUCUCCCAACACACACACACACACACACACACACACACACACACAGUGUUAUCAGACUCAGACUCAGCAGCCCCAGCCUGUCUUUCUAAGGACAUUAGCGCAGGAUAUAGAAGAGAAACUGGAAAGAUGGGCAGCUGGUCUACCUGUUCUCUUGUGUGUCACAGGCACUCAGCUGCUUGGCAGGAGUCCUGCUUGGCAUCUGCUCUACAAACACACAGGGCGAAAAUUCAAGCUAUCCCUCUUCAAACUGUGCAAAAAGCCUAGAAACGUCUAUAAAAUGAUAGCAGACCCAGUUGAAAAGUAAGUGUCGCCUAAACUGGAGAAGCAUCCACCUCUCCCCCUUCAGAAAGACAAGGAUAUAAGUAUUAUAAACAAUUUUUGAGAAAACUAAAGAGUCUCUGUAGGAGGUUGAUUAGGAUGUUGCUUCCAAUAAGUGUCACAGAAACGUUCAAGUUCAUACAGUAUAAGAAAAAAGUAAAUAGAAGGUUACCAGGCAGAUAAUCAUCCUGAGUUUGGUACUUGUAAUGUGCAUGGAGUAGUUAUCGGCUUUGUUUUUUUCCUGUGUGUUACAGCCAUUUGCAUUUAGAAAGCAACACUUGAAGCCAGGUUUUGUUAUUGGUGAUGACAAUAUUUUCCAGAGCUGAUAUAAGAGGUGCAUGUUAUAUACACUUAUUUAAAAGUAUCUUGUACCUGAAAAAUGCAGAAGAUGUGAAAGGUGAGCCUAUGCAGGUGCCUUCUGAGCUGUCUGGGUUAAUCCUUGGCCCCUGGCAUGUCAGGUCUCAAUAACAUGGUGACUGGUUUUGGCCCAAUAGUAGAUUCUGUUGAACGUGACCUCAGGAAGCCCGUACUGUCUUGAUGCUACCGGACUUAGGUUAUUUGCCAUUGUUUUAGAAUGAGGGAAAAGUAAAUGCCAUAUGGCAGAGUCUGCCCUUUUGAGAGUACCCUCAGGAUGAAAGCACAAAGGUUCUCUUCCAAACACUUGGCAUUAUGUAUGUUCUAGUAGAAAACGGGAAGCGAGUGCAGAGUGGACCUUGGCUUACGGCCUGACAAAUUGGUGGCAAAGUCCUGGGCCCCUCACUGUUGUCAGUUCCAUUAGGAUUAACCGAGAAUUUCAUCUUCUCCCCCAGUAUGCUCAGCUGAGGCCCUGGGUGGACACACAGGCCCCAUUUCCAGCUUCGUUCUUGGUCCCCAAGUCCCUCAUUUGGCCUUUCACCUUCUCGGUGCAAAUGAAUUUUUUCCCCUCCCGUGGAUAUUCAGUUUUGAAUGUGUCCUGGAAUGGUCUUCCCUUCUGUGGCCUGUCUGUCCCUCUUGAUCCCCUGAUCUUCAUCUCAUAAAUGAGGCAUUAAGAGCAGCUGGAAUCAAGUGGGUGCCAUGCUCAGGUUCCACAGGCUGUCAGCUUGUCACUCUUCACCAAGGGGCCUCUAGAGUCUUGGUAGCUCCCUGCUCUGCAGAGCCUUGCUUUCCAACAGGGACACUGUGCUCUGGAGUAUCAGAUUGGCAGGUCAAAGGUGGUUGCACCUGGGAGGGGCAGGGUAGACCAAGGUGAAGCACACUUCACCACAAAACCUCUGAGAAAGAAGGUGCUGCCCAGCUAGAGAGAUGGAACCCCCAUGGUCACUUAUGGGAUUUGCAACAACUGGUGUGUACUGCCCCUGCCUCUAUGCAGACUAGAAAAGACAAUAUCCCCCUUCAUGUCUCCUUUGAAAAGAAAAGAACUAUGCUGAAAGCAUGCCAAAAAAUAAUAAUAAUAAAGCAGGUAUGGUAGAGUGUUCUUGACGUUGAUUCUGGUCACUUCUAAAAUGUCACCUCAAAAGCAUGGAGCAGCUUGUGACUUUGAGAGGGUACCACUCUCCAGCUAGCUCUUAGGGUAGUGUCUAGGGAGCUCAACUGUCAGGACUGGGGCAAAAGAAGAUGCUUGUGGCCAAACAGGUAAAGGUUUGGCUCCUAGAAAACAGCAGCAGUCUGAGGAACUCAGUCCACCUGUGAGCCUCCACUCAGUGUACCUACCAGGACUAAUAUGCUGCACACUUGUCCACCUUGGUGCCCAGCAUGGCCCAGAGGGCUUGUGAGUAGGAGAGGGGACUUCCCUCUAAGCAAAAGCCCAGAAUACCAUAGACACAGGCAGUCCCCUCUUGAUCCUCUCAUGGAAAGGCAGCUUAACCUGAUUGAAACUGGGGCUUGACAUCUUAUGAGCCAUUUUAAACAGAAAGAAAAGUCCAUAUGCCAGUGAAGAUGGACUCAGUCUUUUAGAGCUCUGGACCCAUGGCCCCUUGGACUACCCAGAGCUGUGGCUGGAAUUGAUUCUCCAUGCUGGGGAAGCCACACUGGACCCAUUGCUCCAGAGCCAAAGACAUGAGACCUGGGGCUUGUGCCUCCACGACAGCCCACAACAUUCCUUCCUUCCUAUGAAUGCCACAGGUGCACUGCUGGGUUUCCUUUGGAUAUGAGAAAGAAAGGCAAGGGCCAGCAAAGGGCAACUCCUCCCAUUUCAUAAACAGACAUGUACUCUUUCCCAGGUCUGUGCGCUCACUCCCGGCAAGUGCAGCAGUGGUCCUCUGAUUCAGGCAGUGCACGACCCCUUUGCAUGUUCUACUGAAACAGUACUACUUCCUGUUCACAGUACUACUUCCUGUUCACAGUAUUACUUCCUGUUCUCUCUCCUCACACUCCGUAAAGUUUACCUUUUCCUUAAACACAUUCCAGACCAAACACUGUUCAGUUUGUUUCCAAAAAAAAAAAAAAAAUGUAUAUAACUGUAUGUAACCCACCACCCUUUUAGGGGGUACCUGGUCCUAGGUUGGGGCUGCAAAUGUACCAGACCUUUGGAAAAGGUAUUCCAAUCCUUUGAUUUGCAGAAUUGAAAACGUUGAGAUUGGAAAAACAGAUUAUUUUUUUAAACUGGGGCUUAUUUCCUGAUGGCUCCAAGAAGAUUUGUGUGCAGAUGAGUUAGCUCAAAAACUUCCACUCUGGGUGGAAGGGAGGUCCAAGGAAGAGGAGAAAGAGGAAGAUAGAAGCCCACCCCUUUUCGCCAGGUCCCUUCUUGGUGGUCUCAAUGCAUCGUGGUCUGCAGCCCAGGCAUAUGCACAGCAGCUGGCCCCACUGGGAAGUCUGCCCUGCAUGCUGGCCAAGGCCUGGCCUGCCUCCUGCUCCACAUGGCAGCUGAUGCCUCCAGAACCAUCCGGAAGGAGUUAACCCUUCCCAGACUACCCUGCCACCUCCAGCAGGAGCAGAGCUCAGCUUGUGGCUCUGGAGGCUCUGCUUUUGCAAAUCCAAAGGCUGUGCAUUUGGAAGCCAAACACUCAGCAUGUGGCUGCCAAGUCUGGUUUUGUGGACAAAGCAAACUGCAAUGGCUUCUCAGUGUCUGUAUCUUUCUACACCAAAGGGACAAACUGUUGUGUUCACCCUUUGUACUAAGGCCGCUUAACAUUAUUUUUGUUUCUGGGGAACGUCUCAUAUGAUUAUUAUGUCUUCUGAUGAUUUGAUGUAUUAUUUUACUUACAGGUGAUUUUAUUUUCUUAUGGACAGGAAAAAAGAAAAUGAGAGGAGUGUUUGAGGCUUUAGUCGUAGAGAUGAGACAUCACUAGGGACUCAACAGCCCCAAACACUAGUUAAAGUGCUUCCCAAAGAAAAAUCUUGGUUUCAACAGACCAGGGUUGUCAGGCCCUCCUGGAAGCCCUGCACUUUGGCAGACAGAGCUCUGGCACAGGGUUGUCAGUCAGGCUGCAAAAGAGCUACAGAAGGAAAGAGAUGUGUCCUGCAGCUCUGAAGCCUGCCACUGUCCUUCCAGGGUACUUGGGCUAUUUCAGGGUGACAUGAGAUGCUGUCCAAAUGUCAACAGACAGGCAGCAACAUGGCAGCAGUGUCCUCAUUUUGAAAGACAGGUUGGCAUGUUUCAGAGAACAUUUAUCUUAGUCCCACGUUCAGGUGAGAAGACAUCAAAGGUACAUUCUGCCCAGAAUAAACAUUGGAACUAUUUCCAAAUUGACUUUUGUGGCUACACAUAAUGUUAUUGCCCUUCUUUCGGCUCCCUCUCAACAGUGAGCAUGUUUUCCAAAAGCUUACAGUGUCAAACCCAGGAACAUUCCCAUGUUUACUAUUACCAGGCUUGCGAUUGGUUCAAUUUUCCCAUAAAAACAUGCUUGUCCAAAAGAAGGGAAACUGUGCAUUUAUUCCAUGCAUGUUUAAACUCUGCAAGAAGUUUAACCCCCAUAGGUUUGCGGCAUUGCAAAAUUGUUCAUGGGUCUAUGUAGCAAAUGAUUCUCUGCCUUGACAAUCAUGUAUACAUAUCAAGAUUUCUAUCAUAAUGAUAAUGAGAUUGAUGACUUCUUGUUUUCCUCCAAUAAAGACAAUUAAUCACCUUCAGGUA